CCUAAUCCUGACUCACCCAUUUCCAUCCCUGCCCCAUCCCUGUGCCUGGACCGCUUGCUCACUGCAGCCCCCAGCUUCAGCCUCAUCUUCGCCCCAUAUCAACUGAGCUAAGAAAAGCAUACAAUGUCCACCAGCGAGCGUUUCGACUGCCAUUACUGCAAAGACUCCCUGCUGGGGAAGAAGUACAUAAUGAAAGAAGACACUCAGUACUGCACUAAGUGCUAUGAGAACCUGUUUGCCAACUGCUGUGAGGGCUGCUCUUUACCAAUUGGCUGUAAUUGCAAGGAUUUGUCCUACAAAGAUCGCCACUGGCACGAGCAGUGUUUCAAGUGUGCAAAGUGCAGCCGCUCUCUGGUGGAAAAGGCAUUUGCCGCCAAGGAUGACUUGUUGCUCUGCACUGAAUGCUAUGCCAAUGAUUAUUCCUCCAAGUGCACCACCUGCAAGAAAACCAUCAUGCCAGGUUCCCGCAAAAUGGAAUACAAGGGGAACAGCUGGCAUGAGACCUGUUUUCUGUGCCACCGCUGCCAGCAGCCAAUGGGAACCAAGUCCUUCAUCCCAAAAGACACUGGCUACUUCUGCGUGGCCUGCUUCGAGAAGCAGUUUGCCUACCAGUGCUGUGCUUGUAAGAAGGCCAUCACAACAGGUGGGGUGACCUACCAGGACAAGCCCUGGCACCGGGAGUGUUUCUUAUGCAUUGGGUGCAGAAAGCAGCUUUCGGGUCAACGCUUCACCUCCAGGGAAAACUACCCUUACUGCCUCGAAUGCUUCAGCAACCUGUAUGCAAAGAAGUGCGUGGGCUGCACCAAGCCCAUCACCAGUCUGGCAGGGGCCAAGUACAUCUCUUUUGAGGAGCGCCAAUGGCACAGCGAGUGUUUCACCUGCACUCAGUGCUCUGUGUCGCUAGUUGGACGUGGCUUCCUCACCCAGCGCGACAACAUCCUGUGCACCGACUGCGGCAGGGAGAAGUGACCUUUCCUUGAAGGUGUCACAGUAACCACAAGAGCUCAUAUACUGAUACAGAUAUUGGGUUUAAUGAUAAUGAUGAUGAUGAUGAUCGUUAUGAUGACAAUGACAAUGAUGAUAACGAUAACCUUAUGAUGAAAAGGCUGGAUGAUAUCACCAAUCAAUAUCACGAUGCUUUUACACGUUUGACAAUAAAUGGUCCUCAAGGUCCACUUAGAAGCUGUUCUGGACCUUCCAAUCAUACAUUCAACUACUGUUUCCAACAUCAACAAUAAACUUUCAAUAUCAACUUUUAACUCAAGAUCAAAUCAAGUGAUCACACAAUCAAAAGCUCCAGAACAGUUAGUAAAUGACUAAACUUAAUUUUCUUGUGUUGAUUCACUUCUAGUUUAUGAAAUUGUUUGAAAUGUUUGGGAAACACACUUAUGAUGAUUAUGAUACAGAUAUUGGGUUUCCAUUAAUGUUUUUUCUUAGCAUGCCUGGUACAUAAACAAACUGAAUGUUGAAUGCUUAUGUUGGUGUUAUAAAAUGACCAUUAGUUCUCUUAAAUUGCCCAAACUCACACACAAAAAAAUUGUGAUGUGUCCAUAAAGAUAAAUAAAUUUCUUUAAAGUUA